ACGCACACACAGCUCAAAUAAAACAGCGAGGGCAGCAGUCAUCACUCGAUGCCGUAAAGCCGUUUCGAAGUCCCCAGGUCAGUCUUAUAUGCUGGUCCAGGAUCAGUUUUGUCUUCCAUUACUACGUCACAAUGACGUUAGACGUGCUUCUAAGGGCUGAUCCCUGAACAGCGCUUAGUCCAGUUUGAACUACGACCGUUCUUGGGCUUCGACACUUCCGGUAUUUUUACGGCAGCCUGCUCGGUUCCACAAACAGAGAAGUCAGCUGGCUGAGAGAUGACAUGUACACACAGCAAAUACAACAAACAAACGAAGAAAUAACUCAAAUCUGUCAGAAACACGCGAUAACGCAACGCAAACAUUGCUUCGAGGCGCUAAAGUAAACGAGGAAAGGACGAGCAGAAAUGUUUUGGCUAACGUUUAGUCACCUGACGAGUCUGAUAACAACAACUACAGCGCUGCAAUAAAUGCCAACUCUUUGCAGAUACAAGUGGCUCGUUUAACAAACUUUGGAUUUGUUUUUUGCACGGAAAAGCGUGUUUGCCUCUUUAAUGGAGAAGUAGGAAAUCCACAACUCUGUGACUGAAGAAAUUACUUCAACUCUUCAAGUCAAGCUUGAUAAGGUUAUCCUACUAUGUGUGUCAGAGCUGUUUCCACUCCAAGCUUUUACUGCUGUCAGGAAGUCCUGUAGGGAUCGCCCUCGACUGAGGAACAGCAGGCGUUUAUGUUCAGUCCAUCAAAGAGCAUUUGGAGCAAAAGACAGCCAGACAUGUGGCUUCAGCAGAGGUUAAAGGGUCUGCCAGGUCUGCUCUCGAGCAGCUGGGCCCGCCGUGUCCUGGUGGGAUUACUGCUCCUCCUCAUUUUCUACUGGUACCUGAGCUCAGAUGGGCUCCUGAGGUUUCUCAGCAUGUCCCGAGACUCUGGAGGAGCGGCGGGGGCUUGUUUGCAGACUGAUCUUCACAGGUGGGUGUCAUUGGUGGACCGAGGGGAGGGAGUGGUGCUCACUCCCCAGACCACAGAAACUGUCCCGUUUGUGGUCGGUAAUGGACAUUUCCUGGUGGAUGUGGACUCUAACAAACUCUGGGUAGCUUCAUCUUCACAGCCUGGAUCCGCGCCGGUUCUCCAAACAGACUACGGGCCGAUAGUGCGCCUGCAGAUCCCGGGAACACGCUCGGAAGCUCGGGGAAUGAUGCUGAGGUACACAAAAGGCUCUGUUUUUUCCAGCAGGUGCAUCCUGACAGCGUCUCCUCGCGACUGCGUCGUCAUCCGAGAGGAGUUUGUUGCGCAUCGCAGCCGACCCAAUGUUUAUCUUCAGAGGGUUCACGUAACGAACCCCACAGACCGUCCGGUUUCCAUCGACCUGGUUUCUAUUGAGUCUCUGUCGUUUAGGAGCACCGCGGAGAAGAUGGACGAGAAGGAGUUUGUGCUCUCCUCAGGACGGGUGCUCACGGAAAAGAAGGACACCGUGCUGGUGGUGGUGGCCACAAAGAAGCUGAGCGCCAAGAUUCAGGUUUCUGCCAAAUCUGAAUACUUAGAAAACCUGGUGAGCGUGAUUCACACCUCGGAGCCCACAGAGGGUGGGAAACUGGACGAGACCCUCGGGAAACUGAGAGAAGCGGUCAAGAGAGAGAUGGUGGAUGUCCUCCGAGCCAAUGUGGAAGAACUGAUGAAAGAGCACCAGCAAGCAUGGGCGGACCUCUUCAUAUCUGGUGUGGAAAUCCGAAAGAUCACCGACGCCCAUACUCCGUCCAGUCGAACAGUCAACAACACGCUGUACUACAUUCUGUCGACCUCCACAGCGCCCCUCCUGGACCAGAGACUGACCGCAGAAGAGACGGAGCGCCUGGAGUCCAGUCUGAACUACGCCGACCACUGCUUCAGCGGCCACGCCACCAUGCACGCAGAGAACCUGUGGCCGGAGCGCCUCUCCAACGUGGCUCAGAUCCUGCAGCUGGUGAACCUCUGGAACCUGACCUUCCAGAAGAGAGGAUGCAAGGUCCUCGUGGCGGCAGGCACUCACGGCAUGAUGCAAGGCAUGGUCCUGAGUUUCGGCGGUCUGCAGUUCACCGAGAACCACCUUCAGUUCCAGGCCGACCCGGAUGUUCUUCACAACAGCUACUCUUUGAGGGGCAUCCAUUACAAUAAAGACCUUAUCAACCUGGCCGUGCUGCAGGACGCCGAGGGCAAGCCCUUCCUGCACGUGUCCGUCAAGCCCCAGGAGAAACCCGUGAAGCUGUACGCCUGCGAGGCCGGCUGCAUGAACGAGCCCGUGGAGCUGACCUCGGAGCUGCGAGGACACAUGUUUCCGGUGAUGGUGACCCAGCCCAUCACGCCUCUGCUGUACAUCUCCACUGAUCUCACUCACCUGCAGGACCUGAGGCACACGAUGCACGUCAAGGCCAUCUUGGCUCACGAGGACCACAUGGCCAAGCAGUACCCAGGCCUACCCUUCCUCUUCUGGUUCAGUGUGGCGUCCCUCAUCACGCUUUUCCACCUCUUCCUCUUCAAACUCAUCUAUAAUGAGUACUGCGGGCCUGGAGCCAAGCCGCUCUUCAGGAGCAAGGAUGAUGAUUCUGUCUGAAGCCUAAUCCAGUGUGCAGAAACAUUAAAUAUGGCUCUCUCUCUGGAUGUCCUCUCAGGAUUGAUUUUAAUCACUGGAGAUGUACUGAUGUGUUCAAGACAUGUUUUCCAUUAUUGCUGUGUGAAUUUAAUUUUGAACAUUAUCUAGUUUCUGUCGAGGAUUAUGUAAGUUGUUGAGGUUAAAAUAUGAAGACUAUUUAAAGGUGCCCAGUCAUGUGCAAAUUAGUGAUUAAAUAUCAAUAAUUAUGAAGGAUUCAAACAAGACCUUUACUGAUUUAUUAUUCUGGCUUUAUAAACAAGCACAAUAACAAAAUCUUAAUGGAAACCAAAUCAGAUAUGCAGCUCCUAAACAAUGAUUUUAUGUGAAAGAAGGAAAAAAAAAAAAAAAAAUUGUAUGAAAGCACAAUGAAAUGGAAGUAGCGACCGAGCUUUUCUUCUGUAUUGUGAUGAACAUCUGAGUGUAACAGAUCAUUAAAAAAAAAACAUGUAAAAAAAACUAUGCAAGGUGUGGAUUAAUAAUGGAUUAAUGUAGUGAUUGUGGAUUAAUAAGUGAAGUCAGGCAUAUGUCACCUUAUUUUCACUGUAAUAAUGAGCUGUGAUAUUUAAGCCCAAAAUUAGAUACAUUUAUGAAAAUGCGCUAAAUGAAUUAACUUCAGUAGCAGAAAUACUGAUCCUUAUUAAAACAUCUGGGAAGAGGGAAUAUUGUAUGUAUUUAUUUGCAAAAUCAUCAUUUAACAUCACUGAUUCAUGUUUGUUUACUGUAUGCUUAAUCACGUGGAAUACAGAAUGUUGUGCUGAUGACUCUCAACUCUGUCUCUCAUUCCAUCCUGAUGAUCCGACAACAGCUGCUCACAUCUCAGCUUGUCUAACAGACAUUUCUUGCUGGAUGAUGGACCAUCACCUUCAACUCAACCUUGCCAAGACAGAACUGCUUGUGAUUCCAGCAAACCCAUCGUUUCAUCACAAUUUCACCAUCAAGUUAGGCACAUCAACCAUAACUCGUUCAAAAACCUUCGAGUUAUGAUUGAUGAUCAGCUGACUUUCUCAGACCACAUUGCUAAAACUGUCCGAUCCUGCAGAUUUGCUUUAUUCAACAUCAAGAAGAUCAAGCCCUUUCUUUCUGAACAUGCUGCACAACUCCUUGUUCAAGCUCUUGUUCUGUCCAGGCUGGACUAUUGCAAUGCUCUCUUGCUCUUCCAGCCAAUUCUAUCAAACCUUUACAGUUAAUCCAGAACGCGGCAGCAAGAUUAAUUUUUAAUGAGCAGAAAAGAAUACACGUCACACCUCUGUUUAUCAAUUUGCACUGGCUUCCAAUAGCUGCUCUCAUAAAAUUCAAGGCAUUGAAACCACCACUGGCUCUGCAUCCAUUUACCUCAAUUUGUUACUUCAGACUUAUGUGCCCUCUAGAAGCUUGCGUUCUGCAAGUGAACAUCGUUUGAUUGUGCCAUCCCAAAGAAGCACAAAGUCACUUUUACGGACUUUUAAAUUAAAUGUUCCCUUCUGGUGGAACGACCUCCCCAACUCAAUCCGAGCAAUCUUCAAGGAUCAGCUUAAAACACAUCUCUUCCAUCUUUAUUUGACCCUCUAACUUUAGCACUCACUAUUCUAAUUCUAUUCUUAAGACCUCUAACACUAGCUUGCUCUAUUCUUUUUCUAUACUAUCUGUUUUAUUUUGAUGUAUAAUAUUAUUUGUUCUGUGUACUGGUUUAAGCUAACUGAGACUAAUAGCACUUAUAGCAUUAUAGCACUUAUAUAUCAUUGCUCUUUUGUUGUUUUUGAUUGCUUCCAUUGUCCUCAUUUGCUUAUAGAAAAGCCACUAGGCCUACAUACCCAUUACUUCUUUAUUUGGCUUCUGCAAAAGAAGAAAAUCAUGUAAAAACUGACAAUGAAUGAAUUUUCUGUUUACAGUGUUUACUUCUGAUUUAUCAUUUGAUAGGUUGAACCCAUCAGAGCACAUAUUGAAUUAUAUGUUUUAAUGUCAAUUAGGAGAAGCAACAAGUCCUCCAACUCAUACGACCGUAUGGGUCGUUUGUCACUAUCCAUAAAUACGACCCACACGAGCGUUCUCUAAAUUAGCGCCCCUAUUGGCAACAGGAGGUAUGAUAAAUGAACUUUCGCCUAAAUGCAUUGUGGGUUUAUUUUAACAUGUUUGCUAUUUGCGUUUUGAAUUGUUUGAUUUAAACUCUCCCAGAUGUUCGUGGAUUUUGAUGAUAUGGAUUUUAGAUGACUUCGAGACAUGUACAGGUAAGGUUUUCUCCCGUCUCAUAAAGUAGUCGAUCGUUUAUGAAUAAUAUGAGUUUUUAUUUUCAAAUCGAUACUGGACACUGUAUGUCCUAUUAAACCAGUUUGACGUUCAAAUCAUUUAAUCGAAAUCUGCAGCUUUAUAAAGUUAGUUUUCAUUGUGAUAUUCGUUUGAAAUUCGCCUGUGGUGGAAAGAGGUCAUGUAAAAGUCGCGCAUUUACCAUGUUUUUACCAUAGUAACAUGUCGCUGAACCAUGUCACGUGUUAUAAAACCUCAGUAACCACAACUCAAUGUAUCUCCCGUCAUAACUGUAGUUUUACUUUGGUAUUUGUAGUAUAAACACGUUACCAUGCUUUUCACCACAGUAACUGUGCUUAUUGUGUACUCUUUAGUUAAGUAACACAUUUGCCAUGCCUUUAAUACCUUUUUGUAAUGUAAUUGUGAUUCAGUGUUUUUUUUCUUUUCAGUUUUGCAGUUUCUUCAUAUCACAUACAUCUCCAGCUCCUACAACAACAUUCAGUGUCCAGCAGCUCUUUAUGAUGCUCUCUCUCUCUCUCUCUCUCUCUCUCUCUCUUUCUCUCUCACUCUCUCUCUCUCUCUCUCUCUCUCUCAUUUUCCUUUCCUAUUUUUCUGAACUGUAAUUCAUAAAUAAGUCACACAUAUUUUUCUUUCUUUCUCUUGUUCAUCAUGGCAUAUUUUCACAGCUCAGAAUCAGAUUUUGAUCAGUUCUUGUAUUAACAGGGAACUUGUACUCGAAGCUCAACUUGAAGAAGUUUCCAGUGAAGAUGAAGUCCUUCAAAGGUUCGACACAGCUGAAAAGGAAGACCAUGGGCCUGUCAAACCUUGUUUGUGGAGAGGGAUGAAUUUGACCAUCUUGUGUGUUUACGGAGAAGACCAAAAGCUGCUAAGGCAGAUAUUUCCAGAGGUACAAACAGAGCGGAUGGUUGCAUGAUGGCCUCUUUCAGGUUUGUCAACUGAAUGUCUACUAGUGUGGCUCAGCAAGUUCCUGUCAUGAUCAGCCCUCUCCAAGAAAGCUGAAGAGCAAAAACACAAAGAACAUCAGUCCUGUUGGGGAUGAGGAAUGAACAUGGCUCUAUUGUGCCCAAACAGAAAAGAGUGAAAAGUCCUAGAAUGAACAAAUCAUCAGGGCAUCAUUUCUGGAAUUUGGGCAGAAAAUGACUGAAUAUG